AUGUCUGCUUCACCGGGUGCUGCGGCUAAAAAUGGGAAGACCAUGUCUUCGCGACUUCUCACCAUGAAGUUCAUGCAACGCGCUGCAGCAACAGCAGCUGCGAACGAACCCCAAACGCCAGGAUCAGAUGAUAAUUCCCAUACUCCCAAGCGCCAACGACUAUCGACUGAGCCUUCCAGCCCCGGAACCCCGCAGGCCGAACUUGAUGCUAUCGCAGCCGCAUUGAAAGCAGAAGAGAAGAAGCGACGAGAUGCCGUUAUGCGCCAGGCCGCCGAGGCAGGCGAGUCAGAAUGGGUAUUGGAUAUCCCAGCUGCCAAUGCAUCCCCCACACAACCGUAUGCGGUGGCAGCCGACUCGCUGGAUGUAGAGGACGAUGCCAAUGUGGGCGGCCGGCGUGGGUUUGGCGGUUUCAAGCGCAAAAAGGCACCGGCCUAUGUUCCAAAGUCAAACGACGAAGAUGCCGAAUCUGAUGAGGACGAAGACGACGACGAGCUCAUGAACCCUGCCACUCCCGAGCAGGUCGCGGCCCAUCGCGAGAAGCAAAAAGCUAAGGCAUUGGCUAAACUGCAGCGACAGAGAGAGAGGGAGCGCCAGAAUAAGCCUGUGAAUCUCAAAAACCUUACGAGUAUCUCCGGCUCGGGUGGCGGCGGCUCUUACCGCAGAGAGUCGGGCGGGCCCUCGAAGAAGAAUAAAAAGAAGCGCAAGAGCUCCUAG